AGUAAUACCUCGGAAGGUAACGCAGCCUGAUCGCUGGGCUUUCUGUGCGUUUCACGGUUGUUGAUCGGUACGAAAGACGCUGACACACAUUAACGGAGAAGGAGCUGGAGCAGUAGGAGGAGGGGGUCAACCAAACCGCCCACCCCCCCGCCGGUGCUCUCCGUGACCACGGUGUGGAGGUUUGGAGGGCUCUUUUGUUCGGCCCCGGAAUGGCCGCUCCGCUCUGCCGAACCCAAAAGAUGCGACCUCUGCCAACCUCUUUGUCUGACCCUGUUUGGAUUCAGCCGCGGGAGUGUUUGCAGUUCAGCCAAGCAUGAGGCUGCUGGCCUCCUCAUUUGAAUUGUGGCUCUGUCAAGCUCCUCUCUUCCUCAUGGAGUUUUAAUAGCCGCCGAAUACCUGAGUGUUCUUGGAGAACAAACAGACACAUGGACACGUACACAGAUAUGUAUGAAAGCAUUGAGGUAUAGCAGCCCGUCUGCCAAUUUUUAGAGUUUUUUUACUUGCGUAGUGAACGAGAGCGGGAGGGAGUGAAAGAGAGAGAGUGAGAGACUUAGGGUCCCAUGCUCCGUCGGGCCGAAGUACUUUCACCAUGAGCAGUGCUUUAGGCAAAGACAAAGACUGCAAGGAGAAGGAGCCCAAACCUCCGUCCGGUAAGGAGCGGGAGAAGGAGCCGAAGGCACCCGGCAGCUUGGGCAAAGAGGGCAAGGAGUCCAAAACCAAAGGGAAAGAUGCCAAAGACGGGAAGAAAGACGCGAGCGGCGCACCGCCUGCCGUGGCCUUCUCUGUGGACAACACGAUAAAACGGCCCAACCCGGCGCCGGGCAUCCGCAAGAAGUCCAGCAACGCCGAGGUGAUCAAGGAGCUCAGCAAGUGCCGGGACGAGAACUCGACACGCCUGGACCUGUCCAAGCGCUCCAUCCACCUGCUGCCCUCGUCCAUCAAGGAGCUGACACAGCUGACUGAGCUUUACCUGUACAGCAACAAGCUGCAGAGCCUGCCGGCAGAAGUGGGCUGCCUGUCGGGCCUGGUGACGCUCGCCUUGAGCGAGAACUCGCUCACCAGCCUGCCCGACUCGCUGGACAACCUGAAGAAGCUGCGCAUGCUGGACCUGCGGCACAACAAGCUGCGGGAGAUCCCGGCCGUGGUGUACCGCGUCACCUCGCUCACCACGCUGUACCUGCGCUUCAACCGUAUCACCGCCGUCGAGAAGGACAUCCGGAACCUGGCCAAGCUCACCAUGCUCAGCAUCCGCGAGAACAAGAUCAAGCAGCUGCCGGCUGAGAUUGGCGAACUGUGUAACCUGAUCACUCUGGACGUUGCCCACAAUCAGCUGGAGCAUCUCCCGAAAGAGAUCGGCAACUGCACACAGAUCACCAAUUUGGACUUACAGCACAACGAGCUUUUGGACCUACCUGAGACUAUAGGCAAUCUGUCGAGUAUAAACCGCCUGGGUCUGCGGUACAACAGGCUGUCAGCAAUCCCCCGAUCGUUAGCAAAGUGCCGGGAGCUGGAAGAGCUAAACCUAGAAAACAACAACAUCUCUGUGCUACCUGAGGGCCUGCUCUCGAGCCUGGUGAACCUGACAAGUCUGACGUUGGCACGGAACUGUUUCCAGUCGUACCCGGUGGGCGGCCCGUCGCAGUUCUCCACCAUCUACUCGCUUAACAUGGAGCACAACCGCAUUAAUAAAAUCCCUUUCGGCAUCUUCUCCCGUGCCAAGGUCCUCAGCAAGCUCAACAUGAAGGAUAACCAGCUGACAUCGUUGCCGCUGGACUUCGGCACGUGGACCAGCAUGGUUGAGCUGAAUCUGGCCACCAACCAGCUGACCAAGAUCCCUGAGGAUAUCUGCGGCCUUGCAUCCCUCGAGGUUCUCAUAUUGUCCAAUAAUCUUCUGAAGAAGUUACCCCAUGGAAUUGGUAACUUGCGGAAACUACGCGAGCUCGACUUGGAGGAGAACAAGCUGGAGUCCCUUCCGAACGAGAUCGCCUACCUUAAAGACCUACAGAAACUUGUGUUGACCAACAACCAGUUGACCACAUUGCCAAGAGGUAUCGGUCACCUGACCAACCUGACUCACCUGGGGCUGGGAGAGAACCUCCUGCAGCACCUACCUGAGGAGAUUGGCACACUGGAGAACCUGGAGGAGCUGUACCUGAACGACAACCCCAACCUGCACAGCCUGCCGUUCGAGCUGGCGCUGUGCAGCAAGCUGUCCAUCAUGAGCAUCGAGAACUGCCCCCUCAGCCACCUCCCGCCGCAGAUCGUCGCUGGAGGCCCUUCGUUCAUCAUCCAGUUUCUCAAGAUGCAGGGACCGUACCGCGCCAUGGUGUAAUCGGCCAGCCCCGCGGCGGCCAAGCACUGUACAAACGAACCGACGACAAAAAAAAAA